CAUGAAUUACUUUAGUGAUAAACUUGAAUUUUCUAGCCUAUAAUAAUUAAACUCACAUAGUCAAACUGUUUUUUUUUUUUUCUUUUACCUGUGCGAAAACCCGAUCAACCCGGACAUAAAGCCUGGCCCCUCUUGCCCUUCCAAGCAAAGAAGAAAAUUGAAGAGUAACGCCCGAAAAAUUUAGAAUGCCUAACAAACUAGGCUGUUAGGCUCCACCAUCACCAAGUCACCAGCCUCUGUUAAACCCUUAUUUUAUACUGCAGUACAAAUUCCAGAACCAUUUUCUCUCUCCUCCAUUUCCUUUGACCUCCUUCACUCUCACUUCCCUCACUUCCUUAAGCUCCGACAAUGGAGGUCGGAGAGAAGCCGGCAUCGGAGGCGACUGACACUGCCGUCGCUGUAAACUCCGGCGAGAAGACGCAGCCGUUGAAACUCAAUUUCGCGGAACUUUUUGGCGAUGAUCAUGAUGAACCGACGCCGGAGAUUGAGGUUGUUGCCACCGAAAAACGUCGGAAAAAUCGGGAGAAGGAAAGGAAAUUGGUGAAUGAUGAUCCUCAUCCGGCGAAUUCUCAUGGCGGAGAUGAUUUUUCGUCAAUGUCGGACAUCGAAUUGAGAAGUGCAAUUGAAAGGCAGACUAAAAAUCUUGCUUUGGCGGGUAAGUUGCCUGAUAAAGGUGAAAAGCUUAAGGCUAAAUUGAAGUGUUUGGAGGAAGAAUUGCAGCGCCGUGAGCUUCGUCAAAAGGAGGUUGCUAAUGGAUUUGAGAAGCCAAUGCAUUCAGAGAGUUCAAGUAACAAUGGUUUUUCAGAUGGAUCCAUGCAAGAAGCACCAUCAUCUCAAUGCUCUAUCUUCGCCACCUGUUUGUUGAAGACGUUGGAUAAUCCGAAAGUAGAACAGAAUACCAGUAAUCAAGCAAGCAGCGCAUUCGUUCGUGAAAUUUCUUGUCUGAACCCUUGCGACAAGUCUAAAAGGAAAUCAACUGUAAAGUUACCACAAGGCAAAAGAGCAAAACCCGGGCCGUCUGCCAAAGAAUUUUAUGCGUGGAAACCUAAGGAUCAGUCUCCUCGCAAUGGUGUAAAGAAUGGAAAGCAGGCUGGCAGGGUUUCUUCUUUUGGCUCACUUCCUUUGCUAAAUGAGAAGACAGCUGACACAAAUAAUAAUGAGGAUUCUCAAGCUUUGAAUACAAAUGGCUCAAUUAAGGAUAAGGCUGUUGUUUUGGUGGAUGAGGAGGCACCCGAGCUUAUUGAGAAAAAACAAAAAGCUAAUGAUCUACCGUCAACGCCUAAUGAUGGCAAGAUCUACUAUCCAUCUAGGGAGGAUCCCGAGUCUCUUGAAAUCUUCCGCUCAGAAUUAAAAUGCCUAGAACCUGAAGAGUGCUUGACCUCAACUAUCAUGAACUUUUAUAUAAGGUUUCUCCAGGAGCUGUACUGUUCAACUGAUUCGUCACAACACAAUUUCUACUUUUUCAAUACAUACUUUUACAGUAAGCUUCAAGAAGCUGUAGCCUAUCAGAGUGACAAGGAAGCUUUUUUCUUGAAGUUUAGAAGGUGGUGGAAAGGUGUCAAUAUAUUUCAGAAGGCAUAUAUAUUUCUUCCCAUAAAUGAAGACAAUCAUUGGAGCUUGGCGAUAAUAUGCAUCCCUGAUGAGGAAUGUGAUUCAGGAUUGAUGAUACUUCAUUUAGAUUCAUUGGGAGUGCACUCUAGCAGUUCGAUUUUUGAUAACAUCAAGUGUUUGUUGAUUAACGAGUGGAGGAUUCUAAACAAAGAUGUUGAUCUUGUUAAUAUCCCCAUACCUCAGAGGAUUUGGCAGCGUCUUCCUCGUAGAAUUGAGAAUAAAUAUAUUGUGGUUCCUCGGCAGACUAAUGAUUAUGAUUGCGGCCUCUUUGUGUUAUAUUACAUGGAGCAAUUCAUACGUGAAGCACCUAAAAGGCUUACAAGGCAACUCUCAACUAUGUUCGGGAAGCACUGGUUCAAACCUCAAGAAGCCUCUAGUUUGAGAGGGAAAAUAAAAAAGAUACUCCAGGAAGAAUUCAACGAGGAACCAAAACAGGAUAGCUGGACCUGGGAACCUGUGUGUUUGCCUGUAAAUGCUGAAACAACAAAAUCCAUAGACCGUGCUGAAAUUUCAUGACAGCUAAAGCCUAAGAUAUUGUUGCUGUGUCCCUAUAUUUGGUAUAGAUUAACUACUGCGGGUUAGAGCUUGGAGAUCUCUCUCCCUACAGUUUAUAGCGGCAAUGAGGCACUUAGCAUAGGAGCUGCACAUACAUUUCCUAGUUCGUUUUGUAUAGAUAGAAGUAGAUUUGGAAUCUUGUCAUUAUAAUGUAAGAAGUUACUGGGCUGAAUAUCAAGCCUUUUUAGCCAACUCGCUAUUCCUUUCUGAGUACCAGGAGGUAGCUUCUUAAUGGUUUUCUCGUCCAUUGUACAGAAUGGGGUAGGAUUUCUGUAACCAGCGAUUGUGGCUUUUGAAAGCCUUCCCAUCUUCAUAUUCGCCAGGUGCAACAUUUAGGUGUUUACUUUUGUAAAGAAGACAAGCAGCAAGUUGUAAUAAAAUUUUCUUCUUUGCUCUGCA